GGCUUUCCGGGUUUUAAACUUGGCUUCCUCCAUCCCGCCCUCUCCUGCUCCUGGGCUCCUGCGCAGCUUGUGCUGUCCCGGAGGAGGUGAGGCGUCUGUCCUUCAGGGAUCCCCCCAGACCUGGCAUGGAGAGCUUGGAGGAGUGCGGAGAGGACGCCGCGCUGGAGCCCUGCAGGACCCCCCAGGCCUCCGUGACAUUCAAGGAUGUGGCCGUGGACUUCACCUGGGAGGAGUGGAGGCUCCUGGACCCUCCCCAGAAGGAGCUGUUCUGGGAGGUGAUGCUGGAGAACUACAGGAACCUGGUCUGCCUGGGCCUUGCUGAUUCAAACAAGGAUGUGAGGAUCUCUGAGCUGGAGUCAGGGGAACCACAUUGGAUUCCAACUGGUGGUGUCCUAAGAAGCUGCUGGCCAGGUUGGGAAUCCAGGCCUCAGAACAAGGAGUCAGCUCCCAAGAUGAGUAUUUCUGUGAAAGUCUUAUCCCAGGAAAAGUUCUUGGAGGAUGAUCUAAGAAUCUGCAAGAUGGCGAAAGCCUGGGAGUGUGAUGGCAGGUUGAAGAAAAAGCAGAACAUUGAAGGGAAACCUUCUAGAGGAAUAAAAAUAAUCCAAGCAGAACCUCCCAGUGAGGCUGGAGUUUCUGAACAUGGUAAAUACCUUCAGACCUCUAGCCCAGAGCCAGGCCUUUUUCCACAACAGGGAACAUCUGUAGUUAUGCAGGGCCAAAAAGGAGAUAACCAGAGAGGGCGUUCCACCAUGUAUUUGAACCAAGGACAAAGAGAUCAAAUCCAUUCCAGGAAGAAACGUCGUAAGGUUAACAAAUGUCAGAAAGUGCUGGGUCCUGAUUUGGGCUCCAUAAAAAGACGUGGAAUUCUUUCUGAAGAGGAAGUUCAUGAAAGGGAGAAUUCAUUCCCUCGUAUUAAUGAAUGUGGUCCACACCAGACAACCGAUAGGGGGAAAAAGUGUAAUGAGUUAACUAAAUGGAGGAAGACAGGUCAUGCUGAACAUUACUGUCAUCAUCAGAGUAGAGAGAGACGGUACAACUGCAGUGAAUGUGGAAAGGCCUUCCAGGAAAAGGGGCAUCUUAAAGCACAUUACAGAAUCCAUACUGGAGAGAAACCUUUUAAAUGCAGUGAAUGUGGAAAGGCCUUCCAGAAAAAGGGGAAUCUUAAAGCACAUUACAGAAUCCAUACUGGAGAGAAACCUUUUAAAUGCAGUGAAUGUGGAAAGGCCUUCCUGCAAAAGGGGGAUCUUAAAAAACAUUACAGAAUCCAUACUGGAGAGAAACCUUGUAAAUGCAGUGAAUGUGGAAAGGCCUUCCUGCAAAAGGGGGAUCUUAAAAAACAUUACAGAAUCCAUACUGGAGAGAAACCUUUUAAAUGCAGUGAAUGUGGAAAGGCCUUCCCGCAAAAGGGGGAUCUUAAAAAACAUUACAGAAUCCAUACUGGAGAGAAACCUGUUAAAUGCAGUGAAUGUGGAAAGGCCUUCCUGCAUAAAGGGGCUCUUAAAAGACAUUACAGAAGUCAUACUGGAGAGAAACCUUUUAAAUGCAGUGAAUGUGGAAGGGCCUUCCAGCAAAGGUGGGAUCUUAAAAUACAUUACAGAAUUCAUAUUGGAGAGAAACCUUUUAAAUGCAGUGAAUGUGGAAGGGCCUUCCAGCAAAGGUGGCAUCUUAAAAUACAUUACAGAAUUCAUACUGGAGAGAAACCUUUUAAAUGCAGUGAAUGUGGGAAAGCCUUUUCCAGAGCUGGAACACUAAAAGGACAUCAGAGUACUCAUACUGGAGAGAAACCUUUUAAUUGCAGUGAAUGUGGGAAGACAUUCCAAAGAAAUUCUUACCUUUUAAGUCAUCAGAGGAGAAUUCAUGGAGGAAUUCAUCUUCAUGAAUGCGAUGUAUGUGGGAAAGCAUUCUAUGGGAAGCAUGAACUUACUAUUCACAGUAGAAUACAUACUGGAGAGAAACCCUAUGAAUGCAGUGAAUGUGGGAAGGCCUUUUCCAAUAAGUCAUGUCUUACCCACCAUAGCAGGAUUCAUGCUGGAGAGUGUAAACCUUAAAAUUUCUUAGACUUAUAAAUGUUGGAAAUUUCACCAUUGGGAAAUUUCAUACUUGAAAAAUUUCCUACUGAUAGUCUAUUGGAAUGUGAACCCCUUUGGCAUGGGAGGGUCCUUCUCUUCCCUACCUAAGACUACUUUAGGACAGAAACCUUUUGCUGAACAAUGGAAAGGGCUUUGACCUAUCCUUAAGCAUAGAACAGGAAUUUCUUUGAGUCAUGAUUGAUUUUAGAAUUGAUACAAUGGAGAUACUUGGAAUGACAGAACCAGGUCUUGGAAAUUGCAAUCUCCACCCUACUCAGUCCUAACAGGAUUUAGGAAGGGCUGCAGCAUAGAUCAAAAUUAUUCUAAUCUCUACCCUACUCAGGGUAAUAGGAUUUAGGAAGGGCUGUAGCAAAAGAUCAAGAUUUAAGUAUUUGAGAAUAUGACCUUCAACAGACAUGUGCAAAGCCACAGACCUCUGGGCGGUCCUGGGUUAAGCUAGAGCCACCAUUGGCAUAGGGAAAAUGAUGGACAGUGAUUGGUAGAUGUGAGAACUGAGGGGAGGGAACUUGGAUGGUUUCCUUAAAGAUAGAGGGGUCUGAGGACUGAGGGGGUUGGUUGGAGAGUUUUGGCUCUGAGUGGUUGGAGAGGUGCUCUGAGAAGCUUGCUCUGAAGGAAGCUGGAGGUGGAGGCCCUUCAGACUGUUUCUCCAUUUUGGUCACAUGAGUAAUAGGGACUGAUCUCCUUCCUUUGCCCCAGCUAUCUAAGGGCUUGGGCCUUUUGGCCCAGCCUAAACAGAAGGGGUAUUUAAGCCCUAUUCCCUUCUCUCCCCUUUCUCUCUCUCUCUCUCUCUCUUUCUCUCUCUAAUUCCUUUCUUCCUCCUGUUUGUAAUUAAACUCUAUAAAAGUUGACGGCUGACUUGAGUUUUCAUUUAGGAAUUACAUAGCUGAAUUCCUUGGCAACCUUAAAUUAAUAUAUAUCAGUCUUUUAAAGUGAUUUCCUUGUCACAAGAGAAACCUUUUCAAUGUGAUAUUUGUGGAAAAGUUCUGAAGGAAGGACUUUCAAAUGAGCUUCUGGUCUGGAUACUGGCUGUGCCAUUGUGUUGGUAUCUGUUCCUUUAUCUUGUUGAUGGCCAAUAUGAUGCUAAUAUUUCUGCCAUGACACCUGUUUGAUUGACAUGCCACAACCCCCAUUCCUACUUUCCUGAAUAAAGGCAAUUCAGCUGAGUCACUCUGGAACCUCUGACAGGCUGACCUGAUGACACCACA